ACAGUGCUGAAAAGAAACCUUGGGUUGUUCUUGUUUUCUUCUAUUAGUGAUGAGUAAUAGUCUGAAGAAGUGCACACUAUUGCUAAAGUUCUGACAGGGAAAUGGGUGUGUUGCUUUGGGCUAUCACAUAGUAUCCAAGGUCCUAAUUUGUAAACUGAGAAUUGUUUAGGCUUCUACAUAUUUAUAAAUCUCGGACAUCCCCUUACCACCCCCAGUCAGAUGGAAGGAAAUGAACGGGGGGGAAUUUAACACAACAGGCUCCCCUGGUGGAAGCUCUUCUUACGAACUGUUUAAGAGGUUGUGGUGCUAGAUUGCAAUUUAUCUUUUAUACUUAACCAAUAUAAGUUGGUUCCAUUAAGUCACACGGAAAUGCUUUUUAACUUUAUUGCAAUGGUUGGGUUUUUUAUACUGCUAUGUGUAAUGCUCACAUAUACAGAGUAUGCAUUGAUUACUUUUUGUCUGUGUAACGUUAAGUAGCUAAGCUUCCAGUAGUGAAGAUCACAUAAACUGCUCACAUGACCGCCACUACUGCCAGUGUAUGUUUUUGUGUUAUUGUUUUGUUUCUCUUCCGAGGCCAGACUUUAUAACUCUGCUGGAUUUAUUGAGGACGAACAAUGUUUCUUUAUGACUCAUCUAACUUGGGUUUCUGUGAGGAUGACACUUUGUAUUAGACCCUGUCAGCAUUAUCAACCAUGAGCUCAGCUUCAACGAAAUUAUUCCACAUGGAAAGCAAGCUGGAUCCCAGGGAAGAGAACCAACGAAUGUCUCUGACCACCAACAGACCUGCACACAAGACAUCCAUGCUGUGCUGAGAGAGAUGAGCGCCUCGUUGGCUGAACAGAGGGUGGAGAUGAGACACUUACAGAGAGAGAAUGAAGUACAGGCAGCUAAGCUGAGAGAACUGGAGCUGCAAAAGACUGAGGUGGACACACUGAAGCAACAGCUACAAGCACAGGCAGCAGAGCUGAUCACCAUUAAAGCCAGGACAAAUGUUACAGUAAACCAGGUGGAGGCUCUGAAGAGAGAUGGAGAAGUCAAACAGGUGGCUUUCUCAGCCUCUCUGUUGGCUUCAGGCUCAGGAACUCUCGGACCAUUUAACACACACACUCCUCUCACCUUCAGAUAUGUCAUCACAAACAUUGGAAAUGCCUACAACCCAAACACAGGUUUUUUCAUUGCACCAGUGAGAGGAGCCUACCACUUUGAGUUCUGCGUAGGUGCAGGUGGACAUAAUUCACAUGGUUCAGGUGCUGUGCUGGUCAAGAAUGGAGAGCAUAUUUUUGUUGCAUAUGAGCAUCAGCCAUCCGGUCAUGGCUCUUCUGCUAAUGGCGCCACGCUGCUUCUAGAGGUCGGACAUGUUGUGUUUCUGCGUCAGUGGGUUAACACAUUAAUAUAUGAUAAUGGAAAUCACCACAGCACAUUCAGUGGUCAUCUGCUUUUUACCAUGUGAAAGAGAAACAGUCCUUUUCUUCAGCUGUAUGAUAACUGUGUGUUUAUCAAUACUGUUGUAACUGUUAUUACAAUGUCAUUCAUUUUUACCUUUAUAUGAAAGCUGACACAACACUGUACAACCACAACAAUAAUCUUGUUGAAAAAAGUUCAUGAAUGUUUCCUCUGUGUCUCCUUCUGGAUUUGUAUAACAAUACACAGUGAUAGACAGCGAGAGAAUACUUGUGCCAGAUUUUUAACAUUAGAUUAAGGAACUAAACUAAUUCAUGAAAAAAUUGUGUAACGUUCUAAAAUACCAUGAUUUAUCUCACUAUGUUAAGAAACACUAAACAAAAUCCUGUAUCAUCACCUGGAUCCAGAUAAACACCAGAAACUUACUUGCUCGUUGGACCAAAGCUUCCAACCAAACCACCUCACUUUUACUGUCUGAUUGUUUGUUUGUUUUUAUAUUUUUUCUUUAGAAACGUGAAUGGUCUUUAAUGUGAGAAGGAAAUUCCCCUUGUUCCUUCAUAUGCAUGAUAGCAGUACUUUGUUAUGUGAAGUAUCUUGACAUACAGGAGUACUUCAUCAGUACCAGAAGUUAAAGUCUCAUUUACAGUAUUUAUCCUGAAAGCUGGAUGACAAAGCUUUGCAGCAACAAUAAUUUGUACAUAUUAA